UUUCGAAAUAUUUCAGAUGGUGAAGCGGUAACUCGGGAAGGCUGUCUGCCACCGGAGGUGGUAGUAAAUGGAACGAGCGUUCCUGGAGGUGGUGGGACAGAUUUCGCAAGUGUCCAAGAAGUGCAGUUUUUGGGUGUCAUUGGACCUUUGGAACAAAAACGAAUUUGUAAAAUCAAGUGCCUCAAUGGAGUUUGGGUCGGGCCACUCUGUACGAUUGACCAAGACAGCAAGAAAUUCCAACCCAUGCUUCGCCAAUGUUUCCUGAGCCCUCCGCCUCCUGACGUCAUCCUGUCCUUCGAAGGCAAAGAAUUAAACCUGGAAAGUGAAGUUGCACUUGCCCACGGCAGCCUUAUAGAACUACGAUGUGCAGAAGUGGGAAUGUUUAAGUUCGUCGGGCAGUCUACGAUUCGAUGCGGGAAUGGACAAUGGAGUGCACCGCUUCCAAUAUGCCAACCUACUAGCAUACAAAGAAACUUUUCAACGGAUGUGCCACCAACCAUUGUUUACAAUGUAGUUUCUGGGGACGCUGGAAUAACGAAAUCAGGACAAGUGAUUAUUCUACCAAAUUCUAUUAUCCAUUUUGACUGUCUGAUGCAGAGACAAGAUGGUAAUCCCAACUGGACAUGGACAGCUACCCACAGACAGUAUCCAAGUGCUUGGGCUAUCGCAGUAGAAGAACGCAGUUGGAAAUAUAGACUUUCUAUAUAUUAUGCUAAGGAGACUGAUGACGGAAUCUUCACCUGCACGACACCAAAAGGCCUAUCGAACGAAGUGCACGUACGAGUUAGAAAUGUUCAGUGUCCUGCUAUAGAUUCUUUAGAUCGCAAUCGGGUGAUGGCUGUGGAAGGCAACAAAAUGCAUAGCCAAGCUAGGUUUGCUUGCAUGGAAGGCUUCAACCUCAUUGGACCCGAGGAGAUCACAUGCACUGCCUCCGGUUCGUGGUCUGAAGCUCCACCUCAUUGUGAAGUGAUCCAGUGUCCUCCUUUAAGCUUCGAAGAUAGCCACCUUAAAAUAGAAGCGCACAACAGAACGUACGGAUCGAGAGUCACGUUCUCUUGUCCAACGGGAUACCGACUUGUUGGACAGCCCGUAAUCAUCUGCCUGAAGAACCAAACGUGGUCAGAUUCUCCACCAUACUGCGAAGCUAUCGAAUGUGAGCCUCCUUUAGCACCCAACAAUGGACGGGUGUUGGACACGGGUCGAUACUUGACAGGAGAUUUCCUGCAAUUCACGUGCAACGCCGGAUUUGUCAUCGUAGGCGAAUCAAUAACUGUCUGCAACGAUCAAGGGGAAUGGACAUUCCCACCGCCUACAUGUAAACCUGCAUGUGAAUUUCCAGGAGAACCGGCGCAUGGGCAUGUGGUUCCAACAAAGUUUCAUUACGAUAUUGGAGAAAUGGUUACAGUGCAAUGUUUGGAAGGAUUUCGCAUUCUUGGAGCGCCACGAUUACGUUGCACCUCCACAGGGCAUUGGUCGAGCCCCUUGGCUCACUGUCGACCCAUCCUUCAUCAUUCAUGACCAACCAGCAAGUGACAUGUCGUCGCACAAUAAUCUUAAAAUAUCAGUUGUGGUUAUCAACUCACUUAUUAGCUCCUUCGAGAAACGGCAUUGCAAAACUCUUUACUGAAUGCUCAUACGCACCUCUAUUUCGAAGUUUAUUUAUAUGUUUAAAAAAAUUCUGUCUUAAUCUAUUCUCAUAUAAUUAAGUCAGUUGACAUAACAUAUAUUAUUUCCCUCUGCAUCAGUAGAGAGUUGUAAGAGGUACUCGUUGAAAGGAUUAAUAUGUGAAGAAUGGGGACAUUAGAAGCCGAUAAAAAGUUUCGACGAUUUGUAAGAGAACUAAGCGAACGCAGUAUUUAACACAAAAUAACUCCCAAAGUAAACAGUCACAAAAUCUUCCAUUAAGUCCGAGGCUGCUUUCUUGUUUGAGGUCAAUGUUUACUUUCGAGUUGACGGUGAAUUUGCAUUUUUCAUUGACAUUUUCCUCAGAGUUAAGCUUCAGCCUUUCAGCCUUUUAAUAAUUUCUAAUUGAAAAGGUAAAAAAUAUUGCUGUCAAAUUUAAUUAGAGAGACAAAUUAAGAGCUCAUUUUCAUAAAAAUAUGAGAAAAAAUUGUAUUUAUGCCAUGUUAUCAUUCUCAUUUGACGAAUGGGAUUUUGCAUACUUUUGGCUGUUAGACACUUCGAAAGAAAAGUUCUAUUAUAUUUUAAAGCAAAUCCAUCAAUUUGAAAACGAUUAGUUUUUUAUUUUAAAUUCAGUGUCUCAAAGUCGAGACUCACCUUUUACACUAAAUACAAGUUUUUAUUUUUCAAAAGGACCUUAAAUUGUAUAGCCAAUAAAUAAUUAAUAAAUACUGGAUAAGUUAAAUGUUACAUAAAUUAAACUUCAUAUUCUAGGCACCUGUUAUAUAAAAAUUUUUCAACUAUUAAAAUUGAACUGCCUAUAAAUCUCUACAGCACAAUCAUCGUCAAACACCCUUUAACUGAUUUUUCUCUCGCAACAUUUGGCUUAUUUUACUUAAAAAAAAAAAAAAAAAAAAAUCAAACCAUGGGAGCCAGUGGUAACUGACAGAACAGUGAGCAUAUGAAUGUGUUAAAAUUUUCUGUGAAUAACAUUUAGAUCUCAUAGUAGCACUAAACUAAGAAAAUAUAGACAAAGGAAAUGGCUACAAUAUUACCAAAGAAAAAUACCUUUUAAACAAUUUCAUUUAUUACUACAGUAGUGUCCCCAAAAUCGUGAAAAUAACAAGGCUUCUUGUAGCACCAGAAAGAAAAGCAAUGGUCAAGUAUGACACGUCAGAUUUUGUUUAACCAGUUCUCAAAGAGAUUCACUCUCAAAAUCACAGAAAUUAAGUCUAAACUGUACUUGAACAACACAUCGCGAUAUUCUAUAAUUAAUCACUGUAAAAUACUGCAGUGGUCAUUAGAUUCAUCUGCAAAUUUUGUUGCUAUGGGCAUCAAUAGCAGCAAAUCAUGGUAACUCUUCAAAUCCAGACUUACCUUGGAACUAGAGCUAUUUGAGAAUGAUUUCAUAUUUACAAACGAAAAAUUUCACAUAACCUAUAACUUCUUUAAUGUUCCAACAGUUUUUUUUCUUUUAUUUUAAUAUAACAACCGGUUCAACAUUAAGAUUCAUCCAUAUUUAGUGGUUGAUGUUUAAAAAUUAUAUUUAAUUAUCCACUCUAAUCCGAUUCUAGUGUUUUGAAAAGCCAAACUCAAAAACAAAUACAACAAUUUCAUCUCAGUAUAUUCUAAAGAUUGUACUCAAGCUUCAAGAUAAUCAUAGAUGACAUUGUUGUCUUACAACUCCCCACAUUCAGGGUCUGCCAUCAGACUAAAUUCACAAGGCCUAGGCUAAGAGCCCCAAGCUAUUUGGUAUCCCAGAAUCAUGCCAUACUUCCUCAAAAUCAUGUUUUUGCCUCCUAUUUUGAUGUCAAAGGGUCCCUUGAAAGAGCCCUGAGUCUGGAAUCAAAGACUGGUUUAAUUAUUUAACUUCCUUGGAUUAAUUUAAGUAAGCCACUACUCACUGCCUUAUUUAAGGUUUGUUUUGAGUCUAAGAACCAAUCCUGGAUCAUUCUGGAGCCAGUUCUGGGCUACAGUGAACGAUCGUUAUCUAAAAAUCUUCAACUCCCGAACUGUAACUGCUAUUAGAAAGUCAACAAAAUAAUGGAAAAUUUAGUUUAUUAAAACAUCGUAUUGUGAGAAAAAAAUUAAUACAUCUAUUAUUAUAAAACUGCACUAGAACAAUUAAAACGUAGUUUUGGGAAAUUAUAAUUUAAUUUUAGAUAAAUAAUGCAAAAUUAAUCUUCUAAUUUGCAUUAAAUCAAACACCUUUUACAUGUUUAUGCAUUGAAUAGACGAGAUAAAAAGAAUUUGGCUAAGGUGAAGAAAAGCUUUCUAUUUGAUUAAAAAUAGAUGCCACCUCAAAUGCAGUCAAACCAGAAAUAACCAAAUCCUGUUUGAUAUUCGUCAUAUUGGAUAUAUAUAAAAGUACAAAAAUAGAUGUCCAUAUUUGAAUUCAUAACAGUAAGAGGGUAAAUGGAUGAUGUGCUUAUUAAUGAUGCCAAGUAACAAUGUCACAAAUGUUACAAAUCCCGAGCACAAGAUGUAAUAUAGUCAAAGGGAAAAAAGGUCGGUUAAAAAUAAAUUUUCUUUAAAGUUAUAUAAACCUAAAUGGGCUGAAAUAAAAACAGUAAGGUAUGUAAAAACAAGAAUCAACUGUAUAAAUUUAUGUACUGUAUUCCUUUGUGUUUCUAAUGACUAUUAUGUAUCACAUAACAAUAAUCUCAAAAGUAAAAUUUUUGUUAUCAUUUUGAUUGUCUUACUUUAAACCAUUAUUAUGUUGCCAUUUAUAUUUUUGGAUAUGUCAUAAACUAUAAUCAUGCACUGAUGUAUUUGCUGUUCAUAAACAGUCAGUCACAUAUGGUGUUAAAUAUUAACAAUAUGUUGUAUGUGUGAUUUAAAUAUAAAUUAUUCUUCAGAAAA